AAGAGACGAGCGAGGCGGGUGAGGGAGCGAGUGGGUGCGGGCGUUGGGCUCCGUGGCCUGGUGGCCUCUCCGGCGGAGCGACAGGUCGUGUCCGCCUGACGAGUUCCGCGGAAGGGGCCGGCAGCUGGGCACAGCCACUCGUACCGGGCUGCCGGCUCCGGGGGCUGUGACCUAGGCAGUCGAAGGGACGCGGUCCUCGGCCGGCUGCCAGAGGGGGGUCGGGAGGCCGUGAGGAGACGAGAAGACGGACCCUCCUUGCUUUCGCCGCCUCUCGGAGGAGUUGCUUGCGAGGCUGGGGUCCCCAGCGGGUCGGGGCAGGCGGAGCGCGUCCGCGGGCUGAAGCGGGAAAGCGAUUCCUCGGGGGAGGCGAGGGAAGCCGCCACCACGAAGGACCGCUUCCGGGGCCCCUGGGCGGGAUGGCGGCGUGAGGGGCUCCUCGGGGCCCCUGGGAAGGCCGCCCGGUGGAGGCGGCGGGCGAAGCCAGCGUUGCUUUGACGGCUACCCUCCAGAUGUUUCCUUAAAAGCCCGCCAAGUCCAGGGUGGGAUAGGCCGGGCGGAGAGGGAAGGGAAGGGCGGAGGUUGGCGAGCCCAAAGGCUGGCGAAGUUGGCCUUUCGUCGACCGAGGCCGGCGGGAGGCUGCGAUGAAUGGUUUCAGCACAGAGGAAGAUAGCCGGGAUGGUCCUCCUACCACCCCUUUUUACGGACAAAGUUGUUGCCUCAUCGACGACGGGGAUCGUUGUGUCCGCCCGGCUGGCAAUGCCUCCUUCAGCAAGAGGAUCCAAAAGAGCAUCUCUCAGAAAAAGCUGAAACUGGAUAUUGACAAAAGUGUAAGACACCUAUAUAUAUGUGAUUUCCACAAGAACUUCAUUCAAAGUGUCCGAAAUAAAAGGAAAAGGAAAACCAGUGAUGAUGGGGGAGAUUCUCCGGAGCAUGAAAUAGAUGUUCCAGAGGUUGAUUUGUUUCAGCUUCAGGUAAACACUUUGCGCCGUUACAAAAGACAUUACAAAUUACAAACCAGACCUGGUCUCAAUAAAGCUCAGUUGGCAGAAACUGUCAGUCGUCACUUCAGGAACAUCCCAGUGAAUGAAAAAGAAACUCUUGCUUACUUUAUCUACAUGGUAAAAAGCAACAAGAGCAGAUUGGAUCAGAAAACAGAAAGCAGUAAACUGGAAUGAAAGUUAGGUAGACUAUGGAUUCAAACAAGUGUAAUAUUUUUUAAAAAAGCAGGUGCAUUAUAAAUACUUUUUUAAAAAAGUAAGAUUUUUGUGUAAAUUAAAAUAUACAUAAGAAAGCAAAAUUUGAUCCCCAUAUUAUAAUACUUAAUUUCAGAAUGUGUAUGAAAACCUCUGCAGUUUCAAAGCAUGAUCUCUAACCUGAAGGAAAGAUCAAAAGAAACUCAAGAUCCCCAAAGCAAUGACUGUUUAAGAAAUUGACUUACGUUGCAGAUUGUAACAUAAACCAUGCAUGAGUUUGGCAUUCUUGAAUAGAAUCCUAUCAUACUCACCUAGUAUUGAAAGGCACAGAUAAAGUAAAACUUCUAAAUUCUGAUUUAAAACACCUCUGCUCACCACACGCACUACAUAAAAUUACUUGUUUUGAGACUAAACAUUUCAGAUUUUCAUGGGUGCUAAACAUUUCUAAUCUUAGUGUUUUUGCAUAUAUAUUGUUUUUUACAUUGAAACAUAGAAAUUGGCCAGCAUAACUCAUUUAUUAAUAUUUAUUAGAGUGUUAUGACUUCACACAUUCUAAUGUGUUGAAUAUUUCAAUACUUCUGUUUUUCAAACAAACUAUUGAAUAGAGAGGUAUUGCUACAGAUUCAGACUAUUUGCUGAUUUUUUUAAGGUUGGAUACACACAUCACACACACACACACACACACAAAUAUUUGAAGCUAAAAAUAAUUUCAAGUUGCUAUGAGCUCUUUGUAAGCAAUUGGAAUCUCAGUCUGGUCCUAAUGAGGCUACAAAGCAAACACUUUACAGUAAUAGUUAAUAAACUUGGCAAUGGCAUCAAUUUAUCUUCAUUUUGGUAGUGAGAACAAAUGUCAUGUUGGACCAUAUAUUUGUCCUAGGUAUCAUGUUUUAAAAUGCAGAGUAACUAUAAGGUUCUUGCUGUCUGCCCACAGUUCAGAACCUGAUAAUCAGUGUGCACACACAAAGCUUGUUCUUCAUUUACUUAUGUGAGGAAGGUAACAUAGUCUAAAUGGUUCUUCCUAUAAGUCCAGAUCUGUUUGAACAUCUCUUUUGGUCUCUUACUCCCAUAUUUUGCUAUGCCAAAAGACAAAUACAUUUCAAAAUAUCCUUUCGACUACCUUAUAUAGUAAAUAUUCUGGAUAAGGUUGACAUUAUUCAGCAGUUGUCUCGGGCAUAGAACUACACUUCAUCAGCAGUUUUCACAUUGCAUUUAGUAUUAAUAUUGAAUUAAGGACCUCUAAGUUCUUUCCUGCUGUCCUAAAAACAUUUUAAAAAUUUGUCCAAAUAAAAAUAAAGUGUGUUUUAUAAGAUGCUAAGGGACAAAGUUUUGGUAGGUUUUUUUCCAAAAUUUAAUGAUGUGAAAACCUAAAAUGCACAUCUCAGCAAAUGCAAAAGUUCAUGUAUAUAGCCAUGUUGUAUUUGUACUGCAAAUAGAUCACCAAUUUAUGUUACUCCAAUUAACUGAAUGGCACUUUAAAAGUUGAUAUUUU